AUGUUUUAUUCAUCUACUAUUGCUUGUAUAUUCAUAUGUCUCAAUAUUAUAAAUUCCAAGGAAAUAAAAAUAAAAAUUGACUCAAAUGAUCUUCUUAAAAUUGUUAGUGGAUUAAUUAACUCGGAUAAUUUCAAAAAGUUAGCUGAUCAAAUUGUUCAAAGAACUGCUAUGAAAUAUGGCAGUUACAAUAAUCCAUAUCAUCCAGAAGACAAUAUAGUAGAUAAUUUAGAUGAAAAACCGAAUUACGAUAUAAAUACUAAGCUGGAUGAGGAAAAUGAUAAAUAUGUUGAGGGUGGUGAAGAAAAAGCAGAAGAUCAACUUACUGAAGAGUUAGUAAUUAAUAAUUCUAUUGAUAAAAAGCAUUUUUCCAGCCCAACUGAUACUGAAUUACAUAAGCUAGCGAUAUCGAAUGAAAAACUAUUCAUAGAACCUAAAAUGAAAAUUAAAAGAAGACACGAAUUGGAAAAUUCUAAUUGA